UCAGAAAUAAUGUCUUGUCGUCAUGUUCACCGGAGUAAGUUCCGGUCCCGAGUUUUCUUGUCCAGGUUGGAGAGUAUACAGAUCACCGGGCUGGGUCCUAGCUCCUUAUCAUUUCUCCCAGACGACCAGAUGAGAGUCGGAAUGGAGAUUGAAACAGUUGCUCUGCUGCCUGUUCUCCGGAGGAUUGAGGUUCUGGUUGGGAAUGAAGAAUCUACAAAUUGUCUGUCAGGAUUAAAACUGCUGUGUGAGCAUCUGUGCACAUCCCCCUUCCUACCAGUAGAUCAGAUGGAAACCAGCUCUCCCCGAAUACAAUCCCUCAAUGAGAAGAUAGCUCUCAAGUUUCUGGAAGAGAACGGAUUGAAACUAAUCCUAACCCUGCUCCUCUCCGGAGCCGGGAAUAUAUUUGUAAAUCCUCGUGAGGUGUGCGCUAGGGAUAUAAAGCAGAAAGAACUGUGCCUGGAGGUUCUCUACCUCCUGUGCCUGCUGAUCCCUAAGGUUGCUGAGGAGCUGAGUGAACUGGAGGAGGUUGUAAUCUAUUGUUUUCAUCUACUCAGUAACGAAAGCUUAUACAAGAAAGCUUGUAGGUUUAUAGAACAAUUACUGAUGGCCAAGAAAACCACGCUAAAUCUAUGCAGUAUUCCAAAUUUGCAGAAAAUGUUAGAUAAUCUCGAAGGAGGUCGCCUAGCAAGCUUCUGUAAAAUUUUAGCAAUCACAGUUUCAGAUCUGGAUAUAUUCGAGCACAAGAGUUCGCUCUACCAACAGAAUAUUCAAAAAAGAUCGGAGGCUUUUAUUCCAAUUAGAGAUAUAAACCAGGAACUAGUUCUCUCAGUUCCGGGAUUUCUCCGGAAACUAUUUGAACACGCAACCCGGCUCCCGUACAAUCCGAGGUUCCCUUCUACACCCACGGAAAUAGAUCAUUGGAUGCGGUUUAUUGAUGAUCAUAUAUCGGACGAGAUUGCUAUGGGAGAACCCAUCAUGACGGAGAGUUAUCCCGGAGGAGGUAUUUCCGACCCUUGUACUACACUGGUAGAUGAUCUCACGGAUAGAGUUGAGGUUUUGUAUGUGCUUGGAUUGUUGCUUGUUGGGAAGCAGAGAAAGCUGGUUCAAAAGAAUCUGGCUGAGAUGGAGCUAAUCCCUAAGCUGAGCACUCUCUUCGACGGUUUUAUCUGGCGGAGUAACGGUGGACGGCAGCGCUCCCGUCUCCCCGGCCAUCAUCCGGGUUGUGAAUGUUCUCCUGAGAUAGCUCUGAAGAUUCAGUUCUUGAGAUUAGUACACAGCUUCUGUGAUCAUAGUGAAUACAAGCAUCUACUGAUGUCCAGGUGUGAGUGGGACGAAUUGAAACGGAUUCCUCCGUCUCCGGCUCCGGCUGUGCUCCGACUGGAGGAGUGUGACGGAGGAAUGGUUGUUGCUGAUCCUGUUUUUCCUCCUCCCAACCCUAAUCUAAUGUGUAGAGGAUCUGCAGGCCUUCUCACUAAGAUUGUUGAAGUAUUAAAGAAGGAGCCGAGUUGUUCUACUCAAAGGUUCUGGUUGAGCCGAGCUGUAGAAUCCUACCUGAGAGGGGGAACCUCACACCAGGAUCAGAUAUUCCUUCUCAGGAGAGGUCUACUUCAACACAUCACUGCUUCUCUCAUUCAAACUGAUUCAAGACACAAGGAAACCAUCCAGAGUUCAUUUGAUCUGCUUGGUGAGAUGGUUAAGUUUAGCUACGAUGCCUGUAGGCAGAUGGAUUCUAUCUUGAACACUGAAACCAAGCUAAAGAAAGCGAUGAUUAUGGUGAACAACAAUCUGAUCGAUUCAAACAUGUUUAUCCGAGCAAUGGUGCUCGCGGCGGGACAUUUUAUAACGGCGGGCGGAGAAACUGCCGAGUUUGUUAAGCAAUCUCGGUUGAUGAAACACUACAGGGAUUUUGAUAAACAUGUGAAGUUUGUUCUUCAUCUAGUUUCAAUACUAAAGGUUACAGAUCUAACUCAGGAGAACGUUUCCUGUCUCAACACUAGCUUGGUUAUACUGAUGCUGGCAAGACGAGAUGAUAGAUUACCAAGGAUGCUCAACUCUCUGGUUGAGUUUGGAAACCCUCUGUUGAAGAACCUGCGAAGCCUGCUUGUAUUCUGGCAGGAACACUAUCUACACAAGGAUAAGGAUUGCACAACUCUAGAGAAGAGUUCUCUCAUCCCUUUCUCCUACUGGAAGAGUACAGUUGCUGUCCUUGUAAACGAGGAUGAGAAUGAUCCCUCCGCAAUAAAUUUUUACAUCAAGGGAAAAAAUUUAUUUUUGGUCCGUGAUGAGGAUAGUUCUAUGGAAACUGAGGAUUCAGCAGCAACACAAUAAACCUGUCUGACCUGUCCUCUGCUCAUUUUAUAUAUUGUUAUCUUUAGUUAAUUUUAAUUCCCUGAUAUGAAAUUUGUUCCCACAAUGUUAUCAGGCGUGUUUACUAUAUAUAUAAUAUACAUUGACUUCUGUAUUGCAGA